UGGCUGCUGCUGCGACAGUCAUCCCAACGCGCCAAAUUGUAGCCCCGCUCCGGGAAGCCACUGACUGAGCUGAAGUAAACAACAGCGGCGCUUGGUGAUGAACGCGUCUCGGAGCCCCCCUCUCUUCCCAAGCCCCCCGAUUAAAGUCCUCUCCAGCCAGCUUAGGCACAGCCAGGCCUGCCCGGGACCCAGCGGGAAGAACGUGUACUCCGUGAAGAGGCCGGGGCCGCCGCUGGCGGUGUCGAUGGUGUGGAUGCAGGGCACCGUGCUGGAGGUGAGCGGGGAUCAGAACACCACCGUGCAUCUGCUGGACGAGACCGGGACCUUUAUCGUUACCGGAGCCAGCAGCGUACCGAGAGGCAGGCCCUGCCUCCACAGAGGGAAGUACGUCAUGGUGAUGGGCUCGGUCCAGUCCUGCUCUCCAGAGCCAGUUGUGCGCGCAGUGAAGAUAGCAGACCUCUCUGGGAACCCCUUUCACCAGAGCAGCUGGAGGCUGGAGGUGGAGGAUUUGCAGCAAACCCUGCCCUGAGCUGGAGAAACCUGGUCGCUUGCCCAAAGGUGUGGUGAUGCAAACAUGUUCCUAAAACGUUGCCUUGUUUAUUUCAGAAGGUUUGCUUCAUUGGGAGCUUAAAACAUGAGCUCUGUCGGUAUUACUGCAGCGCAUAAUUCAGAGCUGUCCUCUCCACGCCUGGUCUUUGUUCCAACCCUGUUUUUAAAUUGUUUAAUUGAACAAAUUAAACCUCCAUCCAGGGAGAAGCUUCUGUCCUUUCAGUGAAUGUAACCAAACUCAUGUGAAGAGGCAGCUAUACUAUGUGUUAAUGUAGUAAACAGACACAGGCACAAGGAAUUACUGUAUUUUCAGUGUAAACUAAGCACUGUACUUGAUUGCGAGCACUGCAAUUAGUCUGUACUCCUGUUUGACCACAAGGUGUCACUGUUGCGUGUUUUUCUUCUACAAUUGCGAAAGUUAGUAUGUUAAUAAAGAGUUCUGAAUCUAAAAA